CAGGUAUUUUCUCCGCCAACGGUCACACUCUGCUGUCCAGUCCCAUGUGGUAAAACCAGGUCUCUUUCACUUUCAAUUUAUAAAUGAAACUAUAACGAAAUGCUGCGCAAACCAAAGAAGAAGCCACAAACGGUGGCCGAAAAGGUCAGCAAACUGCUGGCCCAUCCGAACGAGAGCGACAGUGCGGAGGACUCGGACUUCGACGUGGCCAAUGGAACUGGACCCCGUCUGGUGGACUUCGAGGAGGAGGAGUACGACCUGCCGGAUGCGCGGAGCACCGACUUUAGGAAGCGGAACGUCAAGCUGCUCUCCGAGCAGAGUGAUCGGUACAAGGGCAAGAUCAGCAGUCGCAGGGAGCUGGACGAGGAGGACCAGGAUGAGGAACUGUCCUAUGAGGACAGCGAUGAGGAGGAAGAUGGGGACUUGGCUGACUUUAAGCUGAAGUUACAGGCUGAUGGCCCAGGAGAGACCAGUGAAGAGGAGCAAGCUACUGGAGAUUCCGAAAGUGGAGAUGAAGAUGAGGAUUUGGUGGACUUUAAUCAAACAUUAAAGGCUGGAAACGAAGAGGAGGAUUGUGGUUCUGGAUCCAAUGAAGAUGGCAGUGAAGAGGAGGAGGAUGAUGAUACAGACGACGAAGAGGCAGAGGAUGACACCAUUAAACCCUCGGAUGUAAUGUCCAAAACCAACCACCAGGCCGAAAUCCAAAAGGGAAUGAGCGUCCAAAACCAACUCCGUAUCUGGGAGCGCCUCCUUGAGCUGAGGAUCAACACCCAGAAGUUCACCAGCAAGGCAAACCAGUUGCCUGGACCGGAGACACUCCAGCAACUGGGUUCCGACAACGACGAGCUGCAGUCGGUGCUAAACGAGGCCCAGGAGCGCUCGACCAGGCUUCUGCAGCAACUGCUGGCCCUCCAGUCGGCGCUCCACCAGCAAAACUCCGAGAUGAGGAAAUCGGUGAAGCGCAAGCAGCCUUCAGAGGAUCCGGGACCAACUGCUGCGAAGCGAUUUGGCUCUGUGCUGCAGCACAACUUCCAGCAGAUGACCGGCUACCGCAACGAAGUUCUGCUCAAGUGGGACGAUCGCACCAAACUCCUGACCCCCGGAGCGGGUGUGAAGCGCAAGUCCCUGCAGGAGGACUACGACAUCGUCAAGAAGAUCGACAGUGCCCUGGCGAACCGGGAGGCGCUCGUGGAGAAGUCGCAGAUGCCGAAGAGCAGCCAGCAGGAGAACGAGCCGGUGCAGCGAUUGAAGCACAUCUACGACGACAGCGACUUCUAUCACCAGCAGCUUCGCGAGCUCAUCGAGUACAAGGCCAGCACGUCGUCCAACAUGAGCGAGAUUACCAAGCAGUUCGUGGAGCUGCAGAAGCUGCGCCAGAAGAUGAAGAAGAAGGUGGACACCAGGGCCAGCAAAGGUCGGAAACUGCGAUAUGUGGUUCACAACAAACUCAUCAACUUCAUGGCACCCAACGAAAAUAGCGACUGGACGGAGAGCUCCAAGUCCGAGUUGUACAAAUCAUUAUUUGUGUAGAGAAUAUGUAAGAGUAGUAAAACAGUAAUUGGUAUAUGAAGUUUUUAAAUAAGAAUAAAGUCUAUUAAAUGUGA